AUGAGAUAUGAUCAUGCAGUCGAGGACGAGUCCCGAGACACUGACGGUUUCAACCAGGACUGGAAAGGCAUCAAAGAAUUCUUCGACAAUCCUCAAUACUCGAACUUUGUUCUCGAGGUUACCUCCAAGUACAAUCUGCAUGUGGUCAGAAUUGAUGUCAAAGACUCACAUGAUCAGUUCUGCAAUCAUCGCCAGGCUGAAAACGCGAGUCUUCGGCUCACUGUCAAUGCCCGAGAAGACAACAUCGAACCACUGCUACUCAUACGCCUCGGUAAUUUCCGGUCAGAGGUUGAUCGACUCUCAUCCACGGGUAAGGCCACAGAGCCCCGCCGCAGAGUUGAGGAACUUGACGAAGACUACAACGCGAAACUGGCGGCUUAUAUUGAGGAAAGAGCUCGAUCGCGAGCUCUGAAGGACACCGACAGACCUACCCGGUUGGCGAGAUGGCAUCUAAAACCCGCCGUACACGGGUGGCUCGUGGCUAGAGGCCAGUCCGACUACCUAGUUAGCUAA